AAAAUGAUCAUGUGACAUCAUUUUCCAGAGAAAGGCUAUUUUCUCCUGUAAAAUACUCCACAUAGUUCAGAUUUUAUUCAUGACACUUCAGUUGAGAUUUCUUGAACACUAUUAGUUUCAGAGUAUGUGCUAUAGAGAAGCUGCCUCUUAUCCAAGAAGAGCAUUUAUUCAAGACUCUUUAACUUUUCCCUUUUCAUAUGAAACUAUUUGGGAGUUCUUGAUCCAUUGGGAAUAAUCUGCUUUGAGCGAUUGUAAUCCAGCAGGAAACAUUGUGUGUCCCACACAGAAUCAAUUGAUAUAGGAUUUUUCAGUGAGUUCAUUGUUGGUUUCCAUGGAGACUAGCCAGCCUAUCGGGAACAGCCAUUAGAUCAUACAGAAAGAUGCAUGUCUCUUUGUAAGUUCAGUACUGAGCAAGUCAGAUUCCUCGCUCGGCUUGACUUUCCUCCAGCAUAUCCAAGCUGCUGCAAGUAGUGGCCACCGAUCAUGCAAGGCUCACCCAGGAGACGCCUGACAGUGAAUAUUUUCAGCAACUUUUUUCAGGGUCGGAGACAUUCUUCCUCCGAUCCCCUUCUCCGCGUACUUCAUAGGCGACGGAGUUCAGUGGUAGAGGUCCUCUCAACUUCUACACACAGAGUUAUGGUGGCAAUUUCCUCCGUAAACCCAGAGGAAUUAAAUGCUGCUUUCUAUGAGAGAAAAAGAAGGUCUAGGCGUCCUACGGCAAAAUACACAAAAGUUGGAGAGCGUCUUCGCCAUGUCAUCCCUGGUCAUAUGCAAUGCUCUAUGGCAUGUGGUGGCCGUGCUUGCAAAUAUGAAAAUCCAACUCGAUGGAGUGACCAAGAACAGGCUGUUAAAGGGCUCUAUUCUUCCUGGGUUACAGAUAAUAUUUUAGCCAUGUCUCGACCCUCAACAGAACUUAUUGAAAAGUAUAAUAUUAUUGAACAGUUCCAAAGAUGUGGUAUAAAAACAGUAAUUAACCUCCAACGUCCUGGGGAACAUGCUAGCUGCGGGAAUCCACUGGAACAAGAGAGCGGUUUCACCUACCUUCCUGAGGCUUUCAUGGAGGCGGGAAUUUAUUUUUAUAACUUUGGAUGGAAGGAUUAUGGCGUGGCCUCCCUCACAACUAUCCUCGAUAUGGUAAAAGUGAUGACUUUUGCCUUACAGGAAGGGAGAGUAGCUGUUCAUUGUCAUGCAGGACUUGGCAGAACAGGCGUUUUAAUAGCUUGUUACUUGGUUUUUGCAACAAGAAUGACUGCUGACCAAGCAAUUCUUUAUGUCAGGGCAAAAAGACCUAAUUCUAUUCAAACUAGGGGGCAACUACUAUGUGUGAGAGAGUUUUCACAGUUUUUAAUUCCACUAAGAAACGUGUUUGCAUCCUGUGAGCCCAAAGCACAUGCAGUGACUCUUUCCCAGUACCUGAUCCGGCAGCGGCAUUUGCUCCAUGGUUAUGAAAGUCGACAUCUUAAACAUGUGCCAAAACUUAUUCAUCUGGUUUGCAAACUGCUCUUGGAUUUGGCUGAAAACCGGCAGAUGAUAGAACAGGAACUUAUGGAUCUACCAGAUCUCUCAGCUGAAAUUCAGGAGACUGUUUCCCAGCUAGAUUCCACAGAGCUUGAAAAAGAGCUAACAAGGCAAGACAGCAGUGCUUCAGAGCCAUUCUCCCUCUCAGGAUCAAAUCCUGUGAAUCCCAGUGACAAUGAAUGUGAUUCCCUUUGGAGGAGGAGGAACGUUGAUUACCUUCAGCCUCUCAGUCGUUCAAAAAGACGUAUGAGCUACAGUGACUCAGAUUUAAGAAGAGCUGUGUUUGUUUCUGAGCAAGGAGAGACACCCUGGUCAGUGCCUGUGCAAAUGCCACUCCGCAACAAGGAAAACCAGCAAGGUAGCGAUGAGAACAAUCAGACAAACAUGGCAGACUUAAACAGAGAAGUUUUAAUUCGAAAUACAUUUACUUUCGCAAGUCAGGGUAAAUUUAAUUUAAAUAGAAAAGAUCGUAAUUCUCAAUCUUGCCGCAAAGGCAGCUUUCCCAAAGAAGUACAGCGUAGUAAAACCUAUUCUUCAGGCCUUACAUGUCAUCGGAAGGAAGAGGAAGAGGAAGAUGACGAGGAACUGAAAGCAUUAAACUAUAAUUGUUCAAGAAUAGCUAAUUUUUAUGGUAAAAGAAUGUGGUCCUCAGAAGAAGACUCAGACACCUGUAAAGCAGAGCAUGACUUGUAUAAUAAUAGAGACCCCUCUGAAAUUCCCCAUAUUAUUGUACAGUCUGAGCUCACUCUGGAGGGACGACGAGAGUUGGCAGCCAAAGCCCUUGCAGAUGUAAAUGAAUUUAUGGAAGCUGAAGAAGUGAAGCAGAGAGUGGAAAUAUGGCAGAAAGAACUAAAUUCUCAGAAUGGAGCCUGGGAUAAGAUAUGUGCUGAGAGAGAUCCUUUUAUCCUCAGUAGUUUGAUGUGGUCAUGGAUCGAGCAACUUAAAGAACCUGUCCUAAACAAGCAUGAUGUUGAGGUGUUAGCAAAAGAAAAUGUAGACUCACAAGAAGCACUUACAUUACUAGAUAAGGGAAAAUAUCAUACUAUACUGUGCAUCUUAAACUGUGUGGUGGGUUUGCAGACCAUACCAACUGAUGUGGAAGAGAUGUUUCUUGAUCGAGCUGUUAAAGCAUUUACAAAGGUGAGUUGUGAUGCUGAAGAUGGAGCAUACAUUUACAACAUUUUGAAGAAUGUUUUCAGACAGAUCCUGGAACACCAAAGAAAAUCUUCCAAGGAAGGAUCAGAAAAGCCAUUAUGAUGCUUAUAGUACUAAGCUAUAGAUUUCUGGAGCCCUCCAAAGCUACCGUUCAUUUAAUUAUUUUGUAUCUCCUGGUUUCUGUUAAGUUAUUGUAUCUACAUAUGUAUAUAAAUUGAUAUUUAAGUUGCCAUUUUUGGAUUUGUACUGUGGCAUUUGGUAUUUG